AUGGCUCAUACCCGUCGCGAGGCCGACACCAGCAGUAAAGUGGGAGCAUGGCCAGUGGCCAAGGACCAGCGCCCCAGGCCAGGUACGAGGGGGAGGGGGGGGGGGGGCGAGGGGGCAAACUCAGCAGCUGGUGGAACAAGAGCCACGGCACCGCUGCAUCCACGCAAAACGACUGAGUCGAACGAGGCUCCACGUCGCAUGCAGAGGCCAUCCUUGGGGACUACUGCCCCAGCUGCAGGAGCCCUCUCGGGAGUGAGCAGCGGCCUGGAGAUUACGAACGGUGAGUAA